AUGCCUUUCGUCUUGAAGAAUGCUGGUGUCACCUAUCAACGAGCUAUGGCUACUCUUUUUCAUGACAUGAUGCAUAAAGAGAUCGGGGUCUAUGUAUAUGAUAUGAUAGCAAAAUCAAAGAGUGGGGAAGAUCAUGUUAAGUAUCUUUCAAAACUGUUUCAGCAUUUGAGAAAAUACAAACUCCGAUUGAAUCCAAACAAAUGCACCUUUGGGGUUCGAUCAGGAAAGCUCUUAGGCUUCAUCGUCAGUCAAAAGGGUAGUGAAGUUGAUCCCGACAAGAUGCUCUUGUCCGAGUAUGAGUUUGAUUAUCACACCCUGAAAGCUAUCAAAGGAAAUGUCUUGACCGAUCAUUUAGCUCAUCAGCCAAUCGACGAUUAUGAGUCUAUAAAUUUUGAAUUCCCAGAUGAAGAUGUGAUGUACUUAAAAGCCAAAGAUUGCAAUGAACUACUGCCAAAUGAAGGGCCAAAGCCAGCAUUAACACUCAAGUGCACGAACAACAUGGCGGAAUACGAAGCCUGCAUCAUGGGUCUAGAAGAAGCCAUUGAUCUUAGAAUAAAAAAUCUUGAUGUUUAUGGAGACUUAGCUCUAGUUGUCAAUCAAAUUAAAGGAGAAUGGAAAACUCGUUAA